GCGGGUGAAUCUUCGGAGGAAGCCCCGGGUCUUGCGCGAGGAUGAGCCGCAAAUGUAUGUCGCCGUCCAGGGCCCCCGAGUGAGACCGCAACGUCGGCCCAGACAACCGUGAGUUAGUCGCCAUGGAGCUGAGAGUGGGAAACAAAUACCGCCUCGGGAGGAAAAUCGGGAGCGGCUCCUUCGGAGACAUUUACCUCGGUUCCAACCUCACCACAGGAGAGGAAGUCGCCAUCAAACUGGAAUGCGUCAAGACCAAACAUCCGCAGCUCCACAUUGAGAGUAAAUUCUAUAAGAUGAUGCAGGGAGGAGUGGGUAUCCCGUCCAUCAAGUGGUGCGGCGCCGAGGGCGAUUACAACGUGAUGGUGAUGGAGCUGCUGGGCCCCAGUCUGGAGGACCUCUUCAACUUCUGCUCCCGCAAGUUCAGCCUAAAAACCGUCCUGCUGCUCGCCGAUCAAAUGAUCAGCAGGAUCGAAUACAUCCACCUGAAGAACUUCAUCCACCGAGACGUGAAGCCCGACAACUUCCUGAUGGGGCUCGGCAAGAAGGGCAACCUGGUCUACAUCAUCGACUUCGGCCUGGCUAAGAAAUACCGCGACGCCCGAACGCACCAGCACAUUCCUUACCGAGAGAACAAAAACCUCACCGGCACCGCCCGCUACGCCUCCAUCAACACCCACCUGGGCAUUGAGCAAUCGAGGCGAGACGACCUGGAGUCGCUGGGCUACGUCCUCAUGUACUUCAACUUGGGCUCGCUGCCUUGGCAGGGGCUCAAGGCCGCCACCAAGCGGCAGAAAUAUGAACGCAUCAGCGAGAAGAAAAUGUCCACUCCGAUUGAGGUGCUGUGCAAGGGCUACCCCUCUGUGUUCUCCACCUACCUGAACCUGUGUCGCUCCCUGCGCUUUGACGACAAGCCGGACUACUCGUACCUGAGGCAGCUCUUCAGGAACCUUUUCCACCGACAGGGCUUCUCUUAUGACUACGUCUUUGAUUGGAGCAUGCUCAAGUUUGGGGCCGGCAGGACGGCGGAAGAUGGAGAUAAAGAACGUAAGGAGGAAAAGGAUGAAGAGGACCGUGCGGGGGAAGCUCAAAGGCUCGGUGGGGGUCAAGCUUUGCCGUCUGGACCCAAACCUUCAGCGGCCAACCGAGUCAAGAACGAACCAGACGUCAUUCAGUCGAAAGCGGUCACACGAGGGGUCCAGCAGUCAGGUAACCGCUCUCCUCAGGUGGGCCGAGCGGAACGGGUGGAGCGAGAGCGCAAAGUGGCCAUGAGGUUGCAUCGCGGCGCCCCCGCCAACGCGUCGGCCGCUGACCUCUCCACGCGCCUCGACCAAUCGCGCAUCACCGCAUCGCAGGUCAGUGUGCCAUUUGAACAUCUGGCAAAGUGAGUUCUUCCUGCUGGUCAGAGGCAGCGACUGGAGGGGAAUCAACGACAGUAUACCCCUCGCUUUUCUAAAGGAUACAUAUAAGCGGGAGUGAGUGCAGGAGCGGGAAGAGGAGACGUCGCAGGCGCCUAAACGGGGAGGUCACUGGUGUCCGUGUGUGAGCUCUGGUGACCAGAAGGAGCCGAAGUAACGCUUCAAUGAUGGAAACCAGUGGGCCAGGAAAAAAAAAACAAAACAAACUUCAGUCAUACUGGCCUUUGACUCUUUAUAAGGUGCAGUUUGGAGGUGGGGGGGAGUGACAUUAACCAAUUAUCACGUCACAUAGACUUCAACGUGCGAAAGAUACACAUGGUACAGUACAUCCAAUUGCACAAACUUUCAGGUUUCCGUGGUUUACAGCUGGAAUAAACUACAAUCUAAAUGCUAAUGUUAAGGAGUUAAAUAUGCUGCAUAUUGAUGUCUUUCAUAUAAAAAUCAAAUCAGCCGGCAUGGCAGUCAGACAUGUAUUGGUUGUGUCCUUAGAUCUUUCUUAGAAAUAGACUAAAAUGUCGGUCUGUUAUCAUCAUCGUCCAUCACCAGGCUUUGCCUCUGGAGUCCAAAAUAUAAAAUGAAGGAAUGAGGAAUUACAUUAAUGUACACACACAAAAAAAGAGCAGACAUUUUCUCUCUUAUGAGGUAUUAAAAGUAGACAAUGUGAAGAGGGAAUGAGGAGCGAAGCUCACCGAAUGAAUGUUAUGACGACUUCUUAUGCCAAUGUGUAAGUUAAGCAAUCUUGCUGAUGGAUGUACUGUGCUGUUUUUUGUUUUCAUGUUGUGUGAUGCGUACAGUUAGUUUUCUUUGGGCAAAAUGUUAAUGACAAUUGCCAGAAUGUACCAGAAGAACAUGGUUAUCCCUAUAAUGUCAAACAGAAAUGAAUUUAUAAAGGCUGAUGUCUAGAUCUGAUGAUGUCUUGUGCAUUUCUUUACUGUGCUUUGAUUUCGUUGCUCUGAUAUUUGUACAUAAUUUUAAGAAUCAUUAAAAAAAGAUGUACAUGCUGA